AUGACGCGGCAGCCUCAAGGGCCGGCCGACGUCGCAGCUGCUAACCAGUCGCUGAACAGUCGCUUGAAAGGCCGACUCCCAGCAGGGACGACCACCGAUCGCGACAACGCAGACGAUUCCGAAACCCCUCGCCUGGCUGGUACGAAACGUUACCGCCAGUCGACCCCGGUAACCACGCCUCUGAACCUGCCUGGGAAUGUCACGGCAUCCGCAUCAGCACCCUCGAUGCACUCGCUUGCGCGACCUCUGCGAUCUCUCACGGCGGUACCUAAUGUAUCCUCUUUGAACGCUCUUCCCUCUCCGGCGCAAAGUGACGAACCUAGCCCAGCAUCUGCGGCCAACCCGCCCGACAGUCCGAACUCGCCACGACAAGCUCCGGUUCUGUCAAUUGAUUCCCAGGUCAUAUCGCAGGCCUUGGAGAGACCUCUACACAAUAACAACACCGAAUACUCGAGUCCCAUGCCAGCAAAUGGCGGUCCAGACACCAGUUUCGCAUCUGUUAACACCAGAGGCACUCAGCGGGUCCCACAAAGCAACACUCGACAUGUCUCUUGUGAAUCCUCGCCCGCCAGGUCUAUUCGCAACUCUGCGGAUUUACAAUCUCAAUAUCAUCAAAAGGGGCUGGAUACCAAUGUGCCUGGCAUUCCGGUAACCUCAGGUGCUAGUACGUUGCACAUUCAACGUACUCUCGGACCUAACACUCCGGUCCAGUCUCCCCAGUCCCCACACGUUUCAGUGCAGCCAGGGCCCUACAGUUCCAAAAGACAGAGGCUUGAUCUGGUUUCGUACACUCUCAUACUGAUCAACAAGGGCAGCAUGCCAUUCGCAACUUGGGCAAAGUCUCUCAAAAACUACCUUGAUCGCACGAACUUUGAAAAUGCGGACCCAAACAACAUGGACCGUCGAAGGUUGUACUUGCUGGAACAUGCCUGUCAUGCACACGACUAUGUUUAUCUGCAGAUCCAUCAGAUAUACUGCAGAUGGUCGUGCGAUCCAUCCGGGGUAUACAGUGCUAUGCCUGCAUUCGACAGGGAAACCAUUGAUAUGGCCUUCAGAGCACUGCGUGACAUGCUGGCGUCUAAUCAAUCUGUCUCUCGACCAGCGCUGAACUUCUUCAUCGCCUUCCCGGUGGAUUUUCUACCAAUCAGUCAGGAAGCGCUAGGCCGAUGCCUCACUCGCUUGGCUCGUAAUUGGGAUGCCAUGGUGAACUUGAUCCUACAGAGGAGGCGGCCGCCGCUUGUCAACGAACUGAUCUACCUCCUAGGCUGUGAUUCACCCGGACUUCAAUGUCUCGUCUUCAUACGAGCGAGAAGAAGUUUGCAGGUCAUGGACCAUAGACCUCAGGUGCAGGAGAUUGAAGCUUUGUUCUCUCAUGACCAGGAAGUUGCUAACUUGGCAUAUAUGAAGCGGUCGACGCUGCACAUGCAGCACAGAACGCCCUCUGACUGGCAACUUUUUGAGAAUGAGAAUAUGGCUCUGGUGCAGAAAUAUAUCCAGCUGGUAAUGGCUGCAAACUUGCCUGCGUCUAUGGCAUCCGGUGUAGUCCGAUCGUCUCUACCUUUUGUGCAACAAGCUGCAUCAUCCAACCCUCACCCUUUGUCGGCCACGGCGGUAUCGCAAUCGACACCGUCGCCUUCACUCACCAGGCAAGGGCCUGCUGUGCCAACUCGACAGCAGCUCAGACUGCCUUCUACCAUGAUGCAGGAAAACUAUGCACCUGUUCGCGCAAACAAUAUGAUAUACCCUUAUAGCACACCUAAUCAAGCAUAUACGCCAGGCUCUGGAAGUGUAUCGUUUCAAAACCAAUCACAUGAACAAUCACUACCAUUUGGGCAACAAGUCCCGAACAGUGCAUCGCAUUACCUGCAACAUAGAGCGGACCAACCCUACCACCGAGGGGCCCCAUAUUCCCAGCACCUUAACGGGCUCAAUUCAGGUUACUCACAACAACCCAACACGCAGUGGCAGUAUGUGCAACCCCCCCGGCCGCAGACUUCCAUUGCGCCUGGUGUUAUUACGCCUCAUGCAAGUUCUCUUCCGACCCAGCCCAGUUCGAUACGACCAAACCGACAACUUGGACAUCGCAACAGCCAGAGUGCAGAUCCUGUGCCCUUUUUCCCACCAGCAAGAUCCGUCAUCCCCCAAAGCCAACAUGCUAGAGCCCCGAACGACUUGGUGGCCUACAGCCUUGGUUUACAUCAAGUGGACUUACGAAGCCCUGUCAGGCAUGUUCGAGCGCUUCCUAAGUCUCAAAACGCAGACGAGCACAAGUAUUUUCAGUUCAUCAGGGGCUUCGCCGUGCCGCCGUCCGACAUUUCACCAUCGAAGAAGGCAUACGAAUUCAGCUUUGACGUUAACGAUAUUGCUUUGCUUUCCAGAAGUCACAUGUGUUCCAGCAAUAUUCCCCAGCUCCCGUUGGCAGAGCAUUUUGAAGGCUCAGUUCGCUUGCGUCUGCGUUGCUGUCGCAUUAAGGAGUCGGCAGGCACGCCGAAUGAGCCAGACUGGAUUACUUUCGCCACGUCAUGGCCUCAGCGUAUCUUCAUCUCCCUCUUUGCCGACGAGGGAAGGACGAGGAAGGGCGUGAAACCAAGACGAGCACCUCAAAACUCUAAAGAUCUCCCAACUGAUAUUACAGACAUGGUCUUAGAAGGGAUAAAUAAACUCACUGUCAGUGUUGACGACCGACUUAAUGACCCCGGAUAUCGACAUUUUCUGGCCGUGGAGUGGAUAGAAACACGCAGUUUCUCUAAAAUAAUAGCCGACGUUUAUGCGAACCAAGUUCUUGAUCCCAAAGCUACGCUUGAAGACAUACAGCGCAAGGCAGGAUGGACUUGCACAGAGCAUGAUGAGGACAUCCAGAUGGAAGUCGGGGAAGAAUAUAAAGUCGACUUGACGUGCCCCUUCAUGGCAACUAUCUGGGAGACCCCAGUACGUGGCGCGAAUUGCGUUCACAUUCAGUGCUUUGACCUCAAAACAUGGCUGAAAUCCCGGACGCAAAUUCCCCACCGUCCCGAGUGCCAAACUCAUGCGCAUCCUUGCGACUGCUUCAGUCCGAAGCUGUCAAUUGUCGAUGACUGGAAAUGCCCCAUAUGCAAUGAAGAUGCCAGGCCACAAAGUUUGCGGAUCGACGGGUUCCUGGCAGAGGUACGCCGUAAACUCGAAUCAGAAGGUAACCUGCGGAACACCAAGACCUUGAUCGUAUUUUCGGACAGCUCCUGGAAGCCGAUAAAGGAAGAGGACGACGACGACGACGAUGAUGAAGAUGAAAUAGAGCUCGACGGCAGGCGCGGAGCAACUAAUGGCACGGGGCCUGGCAAAACGAACGUGCCAGUCACAAAUGCAAACAGACCACCUUUGGUGUCUCAUGGGCCCCGCAGGUCGCACCACGAUAUAAUAGAUCUUCUCAGCGAUGAAGAUUAG